AUGGCGAAGCAUUCCCAGCUCGAAGAUUGCUCGAAGUUUCUUGAAGAAAAUAACCUCUUCACAGAGGGAACAAAGAAGAAGAUCGAAAGAUUCGUGCGCACAGUGGAGCGAGGAUGCUUUGACGAGUUUUUGGUUCUUUUUGCAAGGUAUUCUUCUCGAAGUCUUUAAUGUUUGAGUUUGUUUUUACGUCAUUAAACUUCCUUGAUAGUAACGCUUUGAGCCAGCCGGUAGUUUUCCUCUUUUCCUGUUGUACGAAAUACUGCUACUUUAUUGCUGAUGAAGUUCGAGCGAUUCCGAACGGAAUAUUCUAUUUAAUUGAAAUUGGUUUGCUCAGAUUUUUUGUAAUUGUUUGUUUUAAAACCGCAUUCGCCAGAGCAGAGAUGAAAAGAUGAGAUGAGAUGGUCUUUGUUCACUAUAUUUUUCGUUGUCUUACAAGACCAAAUCCUGAAUUUCACGUGGAUUUUAUUGUAUGCGUUUGUCUUUUCUCUGGAAUUCGGUUAGCUUUCCUUCAAACAAAGUUUAGGUCUUUUGCACCGCACGGAGGCAUGGGCUGCUGCACUGCAUCAUUGCUUUUUGCAUUCUCUUUCUCAAAAUUAUUCUCGUAAACAGGAAUACACGCGAGGACGAUCUCUUCAAAAUCUGCAUUUAUCUACGAUCGUACGGGAUUUUUGAUCAAGCGGAUCAAGAACGAAUCUUCAACGACCUUGUCUUCUGCACCCCCGAGAGAAAAGCUUCUGAACUACUAACGGAAAUUGGAAAAAGGGGACAGCAUGUAUACUGGCACCUAGCACAUGCGCUAAAGACUAGGCAAACACCUAUGUUUAAUUUCUUUCACGGCGGAGAUUUUCAGUGUUGUGGUAUGUAUGUGCAGUGAUUCGGUUCAGUUAUUGACAAAUUAGUGAAAAAGACUAGAGUGAGAAGACCAGUUGCUCACUGGAGCCAAGCUUGUUACAAUGCUCACUUCAUCAUACUAGCCAAGCCAAGUCAAAAUCAAGCUAAUCAAAUACUAAUCAAAUGACUUUGACUCAAUUCAAAAUUUGCCUCAAACACUGCGGAAGUUUAUGCACCAAUUCAGUUAUAUUGGCUUUCAGCUACCAAGAUACCAACCGAUGCGAAACAAACCAAAACAAAAACAGUUUAAGAGCAGUGUAUUAUGCCAAUUGGUUAGAGGCAGUCGCACGGUUUUUUUUUAACCAAUCAACGCCGUUUUAGCGCUUAUUACGUCAUAAUAUUUUUUGGGGGGGAGCCCCAAACCUCACUUAGUUACAAGUGGAAACAUGCCAAAUUUAUCGGAUGAUUAGAAAACUAUAAAAUCAAGGUAGAGUCGCCAAAGGUUUGUAAACAAUUUUACAGAAUUCACAUUUGGAGAUGAGAUUGAAAUGUUUGAGCACACGAUAUCUUGCAAUUGUUAUUAAGUUCUUAUUUAAUUUAGACACCAACGUCGUCAGAGAAAACAAAGUCGCGUGUGCUUUUUACAGUCAACUGGAAACUUUCCGCUUCUAACCUAGAACUAAGGUAAAUACAGUUGAACCUGUCCACAACGGCCACCUCGAGGACAGAAGAAAGUGGCCGUUUUAGAGAGGUUUAACAUGACUCAAUGUAUGGACUGUCCGCCAAAACAAGUAGCGUUGUGGAGAGGUGACCGUUAGUGAAAGUUUGACUGUAACAAUUAAUAUCUUAAUUAGUUUGCAGGGAAGUGGAAGCAAGGGAAAGAGAAGAACGGCUUGCAGGUAGAGUGAUAUAA